AGCUCCGGGUCCAGUCCCGGGGUGUCCGAGCUGCUGCGGCCGGAGAGGAGUGGCCGGAACUGCUUGAAUAUCCGCAUUUCCAUUUCUUGCCUAUCAAGAAUUUUAAUUCAUCAUGGAUAAUCUAUCUUCAGAAGAAAUUCAGCUGAGGGCUAACCAGGUUACUGAUGAGUCUCUGGAAAGUACAAGGAGAAUCCUUGGUUUAACCAUUGAGGCUCAGGAUGCAGGAAUCAAGACCAUCACUAUGCUGGAUGAACAAGGGGAACAACUAAAUCGCAUAGAAGAAGGCAUGGACCAAAUAAAUAAAGAUAUGAGAGAGGCAGAGAAGACUUUAACAGAACUCAACAAGUGCUGUGGCCUCUGUGUCUGCCCAUGUAAUAGGACAAAGAACUUUGAGACUGGUAAGGCCUACAAGGCAACAUGGGGAGAUGGUGGAGACAGCUCUCCUAGCAAUGUAAUAUCUAAGCAGCCAGGCCGAGUGACAAAUGGUCAACCUCAGCAAGCAACCACAGGGGCAGCCCGCGGUGGAUACGUUAAACGUAUAACUAAUGAUGCCAGAGAAGAUGAAAUGGAAGAGAACCUGACUCAAGUGGGCAGUAUCCUAGGAAAUUUGAAAAACAUGGCCUUGGACAUGGGCAAUGAGAUAGAUGCUCAAAAUCAACAAAUAGAGCGGAUCACAGAAAAGGCUGACACCAACAAAGAUCGUAUUGACAUAGCCAAUGCCAGAGCAAAGAAACUCAUUGAAAGCUAAACUACUGCUGUACUUCUUUAUCAUUUAUUCAUUUUUCUAGUUCCUCCUUUAAAGUUAUAGCCUGUUCAGUUUGAACUUUUGGUUCCAUGCUUUUCUGUGGAAAAGGGCUAGGAGCAACAGCACCCCUAUUUUCUCCCUGGAAGGUAGACUGCUGCUCACCUUCCUUCUAGUGUUUUCCCCCCUCAGUUUGUAAUCCUUGAUUGGUUUGUCUACAUCACCUAUAAUGCUGUUUUUCCUCUCCCUAGUUUACUUUCAGUUCUUUUGCUUUUGAAUUUGGAAGCACUGCCAAAGAUGGCCCCGAUAAAGGAAGCAUGGGGAGAGGGGGUACAAGAAAGAGAAGCAAGAGAUAAGAGGUUAUUACCUCAGUAAAACCUAUAGGCAACAAAACAAAGCUACAGUAAAGACAUGACUGGGUUUGUUUAGUUGUUAAGUUGCAGUUAUUGCCAAUUUAAGUUAAUACUUGGCUUUGGCGCUUUCAUACACAUUAUUUUUGUUAUCUACCACAACUUUGCAACCUCUGCUCCAACAAAGAAUGCUUAAGUUUUCUUAAAGUAAACUUAAUUUCUGAGCUCUUGGUGAUUUAUCUAUGAAUAUGGAUUCUAUGUUCUCAUUUCAUACUGCACCAUUCAGGAACACUUGUACAAACGAAAGACUUUUAUUUUCAUAUUAGUAAGUAGUAUUGUCCGUUACAAGUCUGUUAACCUCACAAACUUGUCAUUAGCCUUUAAAGAAAAAAAUAUAUGUAAAUAUGUAUGCAUAACAUGAGAAUUUCUCUGUAAAGCAGGGCUUAAAACUUUUUGGGAAAAUUUGACAAAGUAUAUCACGUGAAUUCAGAUUUACCUCAAUGUCAAGAAUUACGUUUAGAUAGAGGAAAAAAGAAACUUCAUUUAGGUAGAAAAAGAUUGUUUUAAGAUUUAUGUAGUUUUAGAUUUAGAAAAAAAAAGCUAGAAUUCUGUUUAACUGAAAAUGAUUGAAAAUAUACCUUUGGUUUAAUUAUUCAUGAUUGCACUAUCAUUCUCUUAUCCUUGUGUGUUGAACUAUGUCCAGAAUCAGGUUUCUUUAGAUCCUGAACAGUGCUACAAGAAUCUAAUUGGUAUUUGUCAUUUUAUUUAAAAACUAGCACACUUCACAGCCAUUAAUGUGUAUUGGUUUGACCAAUAACCACAGCUUAAUCCUUACAAUUAAAUUUUAUGAUUAAUGUAAUUGUUCAAAUAGGUAAUGUGUUUCUUUGACUGUUUGGGGGGAGGGGCAAUAUUUUAUCUGCUCUCAUUUAACAUAUUGAAUAAAGCCAAGGACUAUAAAUCAAGAAGCACUCCAACCAAAAACUGCCUUUAGCACCUUUCCCAUUUUAUUGGACAGACAUACAGGACUUUCCUUCUAUGACUUGUCAUAAGUUUUAUUUUAUACAUUACUAGUCUUUUAUUCACUUGAACUUAAACACACCACUGACUGGAAGGAUGUUUAUGAGCAACAACUACAACCUGCAUACUAGAGAAGAUAGAAUUAGCAUGGGCACUUUCAGGGGCUGAAGGGGGAAAUAUUUAAAGUGAGAUUCAAUUAGGCUCUCUGUAAACUGCUGCAUGCCAUAAAGAGUAGGUGAUGGUACAUGUGUAAAAUACAAGGACACAAAACACUGCGGACUGUGUUAUAUCUAAAAACAUUUUUCUUAAAUUUAACAUUGUUAUGGGGAAAGACAACAUUCUGACACUCCCAAUAUACACCUGUUUAGUAUAAUUGGUGGGAAAUGUGAGCUAAGGCACCAAAUCACCUGCAUUUAUACUCUGCCACUGAAUGUUUAUAGUCCCAUUUCUAUUCCCAAGUUUCCUUGUUUGUGAGUUUCCUACCUGUAGAACUGUUGCAAAGACAUGGUGAUGUACAUAAAGCACUUUGAGCAGUGCCCGGGAAAUAUAAUGCUUAUUGAUAGCAGCUGUUUGUUUUCUUUUUUCUAUUUCCUUUUUUAAUGUCUC